AAGUCCUUAUCUGCGGUGCCGGCAUUACCGGCAAUGCCCUGGCCUUUUGGCUAUCAAAGAUGGGCCACCACGUCACGGUCAUUGAAAGGUAUUCGAGCUUGCGUGCCACCGGGUUGCAAGUCGACCUCCGAGAACCGGGUAUCACAGUCUUGCGGCGAAUGGGCCUCGAGCAACAAUUUCGUGCCAAGUCCAUUCGCGAACAGGGUAUGGAAAUUGUCGAUGAUGCCGGCAAACGCAAGGCAUAUUUCGCCGUCAAUCGAUCCGGCAUGGGAAUGCAGAGCUUCACCACAGAUUAUGAGAUCAUGCGAGGCGACCUAUGUCAAUUAUUAUAUGACGCCACCAAGGACCGCGCAACGUUCGUCUUCGGAACGACGGUCGAGAGCUUCACGCAGCGGGAAAGCCACGUCGAGGUAGAGUUUUCUGAUGGCAGCCAUGACCGGUUUGAUCUAUUGGUGGGUGCCGAUGGACAAGGUUCUCGCACACGCAGAAUGAUCCUUGGAUCCGAACCAGACCCAUUUCACCCAUUGGGGGUUCACAUGGGAUAUUUCACAGUCCCACGUGAGAUUCAACCUGGGGAGGAGUACAACGCGGCAAUAUACAUUGCUCCUGGGCAGCGCUUUAUCUUCACCCGGAGGCAUAGCCCGCAUGCCAUGCAAGUUUACCUUGCGUGUAAAACCGACUCGGAUCGACUGAAUAAGGCACGCGGAAACACCGAGGAAGAAAAGGAUGGCUUGGCGGAGAUCUUUCGUGGGGCAGGAUGGCAGACGGACCGGGUUCUCAAAGAACUCCAGAGCGCGGAUGAUUUCUACUGCGAGCGCCUGGGGGUGGUCAGAAUGGACUCCUGGUCUGCCGGCCGAGUCGCACUAGUCGGAGAUGCGGCAUAUUGUCCAUCGGCGACCACUGGUAUGGGAACGACCUCGGGCUUGGUGGGGGCGUACAUCCUCGCAGGAGAGAUCAGCAAGUUUCAUCAAGCAAAUCUCGCGCCAAAGGAUCGCCUCCUCCUCGCUCUCAAGGCGUAUGACGACAUAUAUCGACCGUUUAUGUCGCAAGUUCAGAAGGGAAUCGAAAAGGGCUCGACAUUCUGGGACUACACCCCAUCUUCAUCGUGGGGAAUUACCGUUGUGCACAUUCUCUUAUGGGUAGCUGCUUUCCUGCGAUUGGAUAUCCUCAGCCAAUGGUUCAUCCGUGAGGAUACAACCUGGGUCUUGCCGGAUUAUAAACAGAUGGAGCAGAGCUGACCGCAUUACAGCUUCAUAUUGCCUGACUUCUGGUUUGGAGGAAGGUCAAAUUGUUUGUUUUUUUAACGUUGUAACACAUUCAUGUACACAGUCUCUAUCGAUUUUAGCGGCGGAGAGGGGAUAUGAAUGCUCUAAGGCUCUAGUUAACUAAUGAUAAUAUAGAGGAAGCAAUUAAGCUAUGCAUUA